UCAUCAAAAUUUUUAGUUUUACAAUUUUAUACGCAUUUCAUUUUUGCGACUAUUUAUAUGUGUUGUUUUGCAAAACAAAAUAUAAUACACAAAAAAAGUCAACUCAAGUCCUAUUUGGGCAAUAGCAAAUCAAAUUUGGAACUGUGGAAGCAAGCGAGUGGAAAUCGAAGUGGCAGUGAAAGGGCGAAAAGUGAGAUUGCAAUACACUUAGUGCUGAUUGUACACCAAGACAUGAGCCGACGUGUUUCGACAGAAUGGGAUCAAAUACCUACUCUCGUAUUGGGCAACAUAUAUGAAUAUCUAGAGCCACGGGAUCGAUUAAAUGCUUCGCAAACUUGUCGUCACUGGCGUGGGGUGCUUUUCCAGAAAAGAUUUUUCAACAAUUUCAAGUUCAAAUUACACAUCAACAAUGAGCGUCAAUGUGCGUUUUUUCGUCAGAAGCUUUGUAAUUUGGCAAGUGAAGUUACGCUAAUUUUUGAUUUUCUGAACGUUUUCCAUAUGGAGAAAAUAAGACGUAUUUUGUAUAGGAUUGCACGCUGUGAAAAUUUGCAAGGGUUACAUUUUUACACUAACAAUGUCGGCUUAAUCCCACCUGGCGAUAUAAACGAAGAGAGUCUUGUCGAUGUUAAACAGUGCUUUGUGGAACCGCUGAAAAUGUUUUUAAAUCGCAAGCAGUUCCCAUGCCAAAUGUUGGAUUUAGGUGCAAUAGAAGCUUUAACCUACUAUGGUUCAGAUUUAUUAAAAGCUUUAAGCAAACCAGAAGCAUUGCUGCAGCUAACAUUGGCUUCGAUUAAAUUCGACCCUAGUCAUUAUCCCAUAUUUACCAUAAAAACAUCUUUGCUACAAAAGUGUGCAUCAUUACAGGUUUUAUCACUCGAUUACGAUACAUUAAAUGAAGAGCUUUUGCAUGCCAUGGAGCUACUGCCUUUGAAAAAGCUAUUAAUCUGUAUACAUGGAUUGGAUCGUCAACAUCCUGGUAUUUCUGAUACGUCUUGGGCUAGAUUUGGAGCCACCUUUUCCAAUAUUGAUUUGAUAGUAACAUUAGCGUAUGCUUUCGAAGCAGUGGAAGUGCUGCAAGUGCGAAUUCUACGCCAUAACAUGCCAAUAACACAUUUGCGUGUUUUAUUUUGUGACUUUAUGAACGUUGAGGCCUUAGAGUGGAUGUCUGUCAACAAUAGCAGUAAACUGAAAAGUAUUCAGUGGAUAGAUUCUGCAUACAAGCAUUCCGAUAAAAAUGUGAUGGAUUUAUUUUUACGUUCUGGUCAAGACCCCUUCGUAAUGAUGGCCUGGCGUUGUAAAAAUUUAGAGGAAAUCGUAAUACAUGGUUAUGUGCUAGAUCUACACAAUAUUGUUGGAAUUUCACGUCUUCGAGGCCAUACGCUUAAACGCUUAGAGGUAUCUAUGAUAGAUAGCACGCCCACAGAAUCAAGCAUGGAUUCAUUUAUUGAAGAAAUCAACACAUUGCUUGGUCAAAAAUGGAAACCUCUCAACCCAAAUACUUUACAUCCUGCACUCGGUUAUAUACCAGUACCGGAUGAUGUUCGUGAUGAAUAUGUCUUCGAUCUCAUGCGUCGUGAUAUGGGCUACUAAAAUUGAAUAGAUACACUGACUCAUGCCCCAAUUUUUAUGCAAAUUUAGUUUUGUUUCAGGUUUACUAAAGAUACAUAUGUAACGAUUCAUAAAUGUAUAUGAACAAUAUAUAUGCAUAUGAACACAUAUUGUGUACAGCAAACAUUGUGUAGGUGAGCAAAAAUGACGUUCAUAACAAACAAAAACCUUAGCAAUAUUCUAGCUUCACAACCAAAGUAUAAGGAAAAGUUGGAUGAUAAAGGCAUUGCAGUGAUAUUUUAUUUCUAUAUCUUUAAAAUCACAUCAAUCCAAGCUAAAAGCAAAAAAAGUUACGUAAAUUUAAACAACCAUCUUUUGAAUGUUACAAAAACAUCAUACAUGCGGGUAAGAGUUACAAAAGAACACAAAGCUAAAAAGCAUCAAAACUCAAUUACCUAUAUAUUCAUAAACGCAUAUAUAUUUAGGCGACCAUAGUUUAAGAAGAAACAAUAACAACAACUCUUGUGAUAAAGGGGUAAAAUAAAUUUAUAUGUACAUAUAUGAAGUAGAUUGGUUCCAGAGCAACGUAAAACACAAAGAUCCUUAUGAAAUCAAGAAUUGCUCCUAAAAAAAACAAUUCGAAAUACAAUUGAAUUAAGACGGAGACCGUGAGCAGUUGUUACCACAUUUUGUUUUCACAUAAAUUACAAUUACGGUGAGGAAUGUCAUAAGCGAAAGGAACGAAACUUGUGGAAAACUAAAAAGAAGACAAUAGUCUAGAAAUUGUGCUCCCGUAUUAUUCAAAGCAUUAUAUUUUUUUAUUUAUUGCAUGUACCGGAAUACUGUAACAACAACAACAAUGUAGAUUUCAGUCAAUCAACAGAUGUAAUUUUUGCAUUAUUUUUUAUAUAGCUGCAUAUAUAAACUAAUACCUAAAUGUGUUAUAUAUGAGUCAAGAACGUAUAUAUAUUCCAUAUUACUUUAUUUCUUUGCUUUAUAAAAAAUACCUGCAUAUAAAGAAAACGAUUUUACUUAAUUUAUAGUGUUUACGAUUGGCUCACAUAAAAACAAAUAUUUUUAUCAGAAAAAAUUAAAAUGGACUCCGGAUUAAUUUACGGUCAUGGACUAAAAGCUUGUAUAAUUUCAUUUACAAAAUACAGAGCAAAUAUCUAUAAUUCCACACUAAAAUAAUUUAAGCAAAUGCUUAGACGAGUAACUGUUAUGUUAAAAUUUAAGUUAAUUAAUUAUUCCAAUACUACGACAAAAAUAAAUAUUACGAAGGUAUAACACCAAGAAGAGGUUGAAUGUAAAUAUUAGAAACUUCAUCGAAUAUUAAAAAAGAAACAUAAGAAACAGAAAAGUAGCAAAGGUGCUUGCAGCCAUUUAAUACCUUCUAUAGGCGUAGUUUCGAACUUAAAAUCUGUAAUGUUUAUUUUUUUUGUGAAUGUUUUCAAUGCAGAAUUUAAUUCAGCUCUUAAUAUUAUCAAACAUCAUAUUUUAAAUAGUUCAUAAUAUUUCGUUACCUGCACUUUUUUAGUCCACAAAACACAUACAGCGUACGUCAUUUUUUAAAACAUUGUGCGCAAAAAAUCAGCAAAAUAGAGCAUUUUUCGACAAAAAAAACCUAAACGCAUUCAAAAUAAAUUUUAUACAUCAAUGAAA